CACAUGCACACAUGCACACACACACACACUGUUACUGGCAACCAGACAAACACUAAACCAGUAUAAUAUGAAUCAACUGAAAUGUGGGGUCUGAUGACUAACACACACUUUACACAAAAACACACUGUGAACUGUAACUUAGGUUAGAUGUAAGUGAGGUGUGUGUGUGUAAGUUUUAGAACUUUAGAAGUCUUUUAGAAGUUAAGAAGUCUUCUUAAAUUUCCUCCUGGUUCAAUAAAGCAUCUAUUUAUCUAUUAGAGAGGUUUCAGGAUCAUGGUGGACCCUGUGGUGGAGCAGAUGACCCGACUAAGGCUGAAGCUUCUGGAACAGAGGCUGGAGAAUGAGAGAGAAGCUCAUGGCGAACGAGGAAAUUCAGCACUUUCCAUAAGAAGUCAUGACGGACAAACAGACGCAUUACACAGUGCUCUGAGACGCAGGAGAGACUUACUACGGAGGCUGAGGGAGCAGCACAUGUUAGAAGAGCUAGGCAGGCCACACUCGUGGGCGGGACCCCGCAAACAGCAGAAUUAUGGAUCUUUUCCCGCUCCCGCUGCACCUCCUUUUCACACCUACCCAUCACUACCUCCACCUCCACCUCCUGCUGCUCCAUUACCCCCUCCUCCUCCACCACCUCCCCGAAUCAUCCAACAAACAAUUCCACAGCAGCCCACAACCAUUAUCCAGCAGUUGCCACAGCAACAGCCUCUUAUAGCUCAGAUUCCACCCCCUCUGCCUGUCCCGUCCAGACCAGGCAGCAUUAAAGAGGAUAUGGUGGAGUUGAUGCUAAUGCAGAAUGCCCAGAUGCAUCAGAUCAUUAUGCACAACAUGAUGCUGAAGGCUCUUCCUCCAAUGGCCGUCCCUCCAGGUGUGCCAGGGAGUCUACACACAGCCCAGGAGAACACUGUGAAGGCCAGAGCAGGCGGCCAUCACCAUCAUCAUCACUAUAGCCCUCCACCGCUGCCUCCCAUUGGUUACUCAGCUUGGCCGUCUGUCAUACCAGCAGGACAAGGCGGAGCCCAUCAGCCGUUCAUUCAUCAUAUGACCGGCCAAGUUGCUCUUCCAGCUCUAAACCCGAUGAGCAUAGCUGGACUGAAGUGAGGACAGGAGUGAGGACAGAGUUCUGUAAAAGGAAAUGCUUUUAUUCAAAACACAUGCAAAUUUGUACUCUGUGUAAUCUUUGUUGUUUGUUCCUCUCUGUCUCCUCAACUCUGCUAAAAUCAAUAAAGAACUGAACAUAUCAA